CUCGCCUACCCGCGCGCCGACGGCUCGCUACAGUCUCGUCGCAGCCCCGGUGCGGAGUGUGUGCUAGACAGCUCGCGACGCGCAGCCCAGUACACAGCCAGAACGGGACUCUGAGACACGGGCCAGCCAGCCAACAUGUUACGGACGAGUUGGCCUCCACUGGUGUUGGCGCUGCUGGUGACGUGGAGCGGUGCGGUGAACACGCAGUUUGUGUCGGACGGCGACUGCGCCCUGGUGCUGGACAGGCCCGGCAGGACGAGCGCCUACGACUACGCCCUCAACGCGCUCCGCGGAACCUUUGGGUACGGCGGCGAGCACACGUGUAUCACCUACGACGCCGUCAACCAGGCGUAUCUACAAGCGAGAAAACGCAUAAAUGUUGCGCAGCCAAAGUCACAGAUAUGGAAGGCAGAGGAGGUGGCCACGCUGGGAGAAUUGUUGCUGGACAUUUCCAUCAACUUGGCCAAAACAUAUGGACUGAGCUACGAAGAGAUCGAGAAGGGUUUACCUCUGAUCGACACUUCUAAGACGCUGAUCCGCGAAGUGUGUCCUGCUUUCCUGUCCAACGUGGAAUGCAGACCCGGCAAGUACCGUCGCUAUGACGGUCUCUGUACCAACCUGCAGCACCCUACCUGGGGCGCCAUCAUGACCCCCUUCUCUAGGUUGGUGGGUCCGCUGUACGCUGACGGCAUGACGGCGCCCCGCAUCAGCGUGUCGGGCAACCAGCUGCCGCUGCCGCGGAUCGUGUCCCGGACGAUGCACCCCGACGAGGGCUAUCACGACCACGCGGGCACUGUCAUGGUCAUCGCCUGGGGGCAGUUCAUGGACCACGACUACACACUCACCGCCACGCCGCUCGACCCUCUGAAUCGCAACGAACCGGAGGAGUGCUGCAAGCGGCCGCCGCACCUGAAGAACCCCUACUGCCUGGACAUCCUGAUCCCAGAGGACGACUACUUCUACAGCCUGUUCAACGUCCGUUGUCAGGACUUCGUCAGGGGCUUCCCGGCACCAAGGCCUGGUUGCAGACUCGGUUCCAGGGCACAGUAUAACACACUCACUGCCGUGCUCGAUGGAAACACGGUGUAUGGAGUCACUGAGAAGUUUGCCAGGCAUCUACGCGCCGGCUAUGGCGGUCUGCUCCGUAUGAAUCCCGUUUUCAAUGAAUAUGGACUCAAGGACCUGCUGCCGCUCAAGCUGGACAUCCCGGAUGAGGGCUGCACGCGUCCCAACAGGUCCAUGUACUGCUUCGAGGGAGGUGAGAUUCGAGUGAACGAGCAGCUGGUGCUGACGUGUAUGCACACGCUGAUGGCGCGGGAGCACAACCGCGUCGCCAACGGGCUCGCCCAGGUCAACCCCCACUGGGACGACGAGACGCUCUUCCAGGAAGCUCGCCGUAUCGUCAUAGCCGAGAUCCAGCACAUCACGUACAACGAAUUCCUGCCCAUCAUCCUCGGCAAGGAAGUCAUGGAGAAGUUCGGCCUGCUGACACAGAAGGAGGGCUACUGGGACGGCUACGACCCGAACGUGAACCCAGGCGUGAUCGACGCGUUCGCCGGCGCCGCCUUCCGGUUCGCGCACUCGCUGCUGCCCACCGCCGUCGAGCGCUGGAGCAAGGCCCACAGGUUCAUCGCAUCCAAGCGGCUGUCUGAACUGAUCCGCAAGCCGUACGACCUGUACCGAGCUGGAGUGAUCGACGAGUACUUCAUGGGCCUCAUGAACCAGGUGGCCCAGGCCGUCGACGACUCCGUCACUCAGGAGGUAACCAACCACCUCUUCAAGAAGCCCGGGCAGAGGUUCGGCCUCGACCUGGCGUCUUUCAACAUGCAGCGCGGUCGUGACUUCGGUCUGCCGGGUUAUAUGGAAUUCAGGAAAUUCUGCGGACUGCCUGGCGCUGAGACGUUUGAGGAACUGUUUGGCACCAUGUCCAACGAAACUAUCAGGAAAUACGCCGCCAUUUACGAACAUCCGAGCGACGUGGAUCUGUGGUCGGGCGGCCUGUCGGAGCAGCCACUGCCGGGCAGCAUGGUGGGCCCCACGUUCGCCUGCAUCAUCGCCACGCAGUUUAGCUACUCCCGCCGAGGGGACCGCUUCUGGUACGAGCUGCCCAACCAGCCCUCCUCCUUCACGCCAGAGCAACUACAGGAACUUCGAAAAAUCAAGCUGUCCAGGGUCAUCUGCGACAACACUGACAUCAUAGAUACGAUACAGAUAUAUCCUAUGGUACUGCCUGACCACGAGAUCAACCCGCGGGUUCCGUGCCGCAGCGGGGUCAUCCCCAGCAUCGACCUGACCAAGUGGGCAGAGUUUGGCUCGCCGCAGCAGUUGCCCGCCGCCUCCACCUACGUCAGCAACAUCGCCUCCGUCUUCGACGUGCUCGGCAAGAGGAAGAGGAAGUAGUGCGACGCUCGCCACGGCGCGGUGCUGUAAAUACGAAAAACUUGCUGCUCCCGACGGCUGUCAAGCAAGACAGCUCACGGCACCUCGGAGUCAAACCGCACGUCGUUUUGAAUUGUUAUUCAGUGCUUCCACGCCACCACGGCUGCUCUGCAAGAUGAUUCAUACCACUUUCGAUAACAACGGCGGACUGAGAAUCCUUAUUAUCCGAAGUCAUAAUGACGUCGGACUACGCCUUAGAUAGGUCGGUCUUUGCCAUGAAGUUACAUGCAGUAUUUCUGCAGUGCUACCGUAACAGCGCCUUUACUGCCUUUCUACCGCCUAUUUAAUAGUGUACAUAGCUUUGUCGAGUCAGUCAGGUACUUAAGAGAGGUGAUGUAGCAGUAACUUCCUGAGUUUCUUGUCCAGUUGGACUAUUGGUCCAGUCUGUCAUAACAGUCAGCGGCUAUACGUUUCCCUAAAAUAUUCCAUUUUUACAGCAGGAUAGUCUUUUAAACUAAAUCCCUAGAUUCCAUUUCUCGAAUGCUAUGCAACUUAAUAAAUUUCCCCGACGUAGCGGUGUGCUCUAGAAAAAACGAUUCCCGACUUUUCUGUUUGGAAGCCCCCAUUAACAGCCUGCCAUUGUAAAUACUUUAGGCUGGAAUAAAUUAUUGAAGCAGCAGUGGUGACUCUGGAAGCAAUGAAAUUCUAAUUUGCGGAUGGAUAUAGGCGUCAAAAUAUUUUUCUUUCUUAAAAAAAAAUUUCGGCCGUGUCAUGCAAGUUCAUCAGUGACGCCUGUUACCAACUCCACCGUUUAAGGUAUUAAGAUCUAAAUGGUGUGUAAAUGAAUUCACUGGUACCACAUAAUCUGCUCACCAAUAGCAGUUACACACUUCUCUGUAAUCAUUCAAAACUCGCCACACAAUUUGUAAUUUUGUAAUUAAAUAUUUAAAGACACUAUACGUUUCGGCGUUAGCGUUUGUACAUAAAGCAUAAUUGACAUAACUGAUGAGUGAAAGAAACGUGUUAUACUUAUUAAGAUAGAAUUUAAUGUAAAUAAUUGAAUGUUGAUUAAGUUAUACAUGGGACGUAAGACGUUUCCUGGUAUCGGAUGGUCUUUAAUGUUUUUACUUUUUUUUACUUCGACUCAUGUAUAUUUGUUUAGAUAUUUAUUGUCCUGUAAGAUACAGACUUUUUAUAACAUUUACUGUUCGUAAUUCUCACAGUUUUCAAAAUAUUUUCACCUGAAAACACUUUCGGCUUAAGUAUGAUCAGGUUUACAAGUCUAAACACUUCAGUCAGCAAACGAAAUCUUUAAUAAAGGAAGGCUCUUUGGGUUUGGGUAUUGA